UAUUGAAUUGAGUUCAUCUCAGAACAACAGAUAAACCUCCAACAUGAAAACCAGAUAAGAAAAGUAACCUAAAUACCUCCUCGCCCACCUUCUUCACUAUUAAAUUAUUAUUAAUAUAUAUUUAUAUUUUUUUUUAUCUUUUUCUUUGAUUUAUUAUUUAUUAAUUUAAUCUGGUUUCAUCGUUAUCUCUUUUCUCUAUUCUGUGCUCUGUUUUUAUGGGAAAGUCACUUCCAUCUACGACCAGACUACAAGAAUUCACUAGAGCAAUCUCCUCAGACAAGCUCCAAAAGUCAAAGCGUACAAAACCCACAUCUCAAAUCCGAGUUCCUUCCCCCGGAAUAGUCAAAUCGGACAGUUUCCAAGUUGACUCGGAGCAGCAAAAGUCAAGGAGGAUGGAGAGCUCCGGGGGUCAGAGCCAGAGUGGUCAGACUCGUACUCAGACUCAGCCGCUAUCGCUGGUGGUGGCCGACUGUGUUAAGCGAUGGUUUCAGGACACGCUCAAGGAAGCAAAGACUGGUGACACCGCUAUGCAGGUCUUGGUGGGCCAAAUGUAUUUCAACGGUUACGGUGUUGCUAAAGACCCUCAAAAGGGACGUGCUUGGAUUGGUAGAGCUUCAAAAACUCGAUCUUCUGUUUGGAAAGUAGGUGAUAAACGUCCAGGCUACAAUGCAAGUGAUUCUGAUUCGGAUGAUCCAAACGAUGAUUCUAAAAAUAUCAAAUAGGUUUCAUAUUUGAUCCUUUCUCCCCGCAUAUUGUUAAUGAGGAUAUGGCCGUUGGCUCAACCAAAAGAGCUGAAGCAAAAUCCAGUACCCGGACGAGGAGACAUCAAAAUGAAAAAGACAGCUGAAUAGUUAGUUGAGUUUUUUUUUUUUUUUUUUUUUAAAAAAAUUGGGCUCUGUUAGCAGGCACUUGUAAUAUUGUACUUUUGUUUAUCUUUGACUUAAGUUCAUGUAUGGACUUAAAAGGUCCCCUCCUUUUCUUGGUAAGUAGCUGAAUAUUCCAUAAGAUCAGUGUUAUAAGCAUCCCAUUGAGUUAUUCUUCA